CGUUUUCUUUUCUUUCUUUUUCUUCUUUUUAAUGCCGCGUUUUUAUGUAACACUUCUCGCCGUAAUAUAUAUUCUUAGAAUGGGGCUAAAUGCCAGAUAGAAAAGUGCACUGAAUCUUUUUUCUUAGGGUUUAAAUGGAAAGAACAUCGGAUUGGUGAAUCAUUCCAAACCACCUUAUGUCAACUGCUGUUUUCCGUCGCCGUUUGACAUAACCACCUCGGCAGCUUCAGUGCUGCUCGCACAAUCGCAUUUGAGUCGAAGGUUUGAUACAAUUCUUUAGUGAAAAUGACUGCGUAUUUAGACAGAUAUGUACCAAAAAGUGAUUAUUUAUCAUCGCGAUGUGGUAGUUCACCAGUGCUGCUCCGAAGACGAUCUCCUCUUCCACGAUUCAGUACUCUUCGAAAAGAACGACAACCUCGACCCCUCUCCUUGUCUUUCUUGAGUUCUAAGCCGAUCGACCGAGAAGAUUAUUUUCCUGUCACAUACGCCCACUCUCAUCUGACCAGAAAAGAAAUUCCUCUCUGCACUAUUAAUGAUCUUCUGGAUAUCAUCCGAGAACCUGCAGGUUACUAUGAACUGCCCACCGACCCCUGGAACGAAGUCUAUCCCAAUAUAUAUUUGAGUGAUGCACCAACUGCUCUCUGCACUUCAUUGCUGAGACGUAUGGGAAUUACACAUGUUCUGAAUGCAGCUCAAGGAAAAGAGAAACAUUGUGGACUCGUCAACACGUGGCCUGGUUUCUACACGCAUUUAGGAAUCCAGUUUCUGGGAGUACCGGCUUUUGACAACAUAGUUUUCAAAAUUCAUCCAUACUUUGAAGAUGCUGCCAACUUCAUUGAUGAAGCCUUACAAUCAGGAGGCAAAGUUUUGGUGCAUUGCCAAGCUGGUAUCAGCAGAUCUGCUACACUCAUCUGUUCUUUCUUGAUGCUGAAACGUGGACUGACAGUGCAAGAAGCUGUAAAGUCGGUUCGCAAAAAUCGAGCAAUCAUUCCCAAUGAUGGAUUUUUACAACAACUCUGUGAUCUCAAUGAUAAACUCAAUCGAAAAUAUAAUCCAAUGGAUUAAUUAUAAAUGAACAGUGUGACAUUUUGUAAAUUAAAUAUCAUUUGGGGGGAUAUUCUCCUUUUAUCGAUAGCAGAUACUGGGUGUUUCGUAAGGACCAUCCUUAAUAUGUAUUUUUUAAGAAUCCUUCUCAAAACUGAAAUAAGCUCAUUAGGAAUCGAAAACUAAUAUUUAAGAAACGAAGGAAUAUAAACUCUAUUGAAAUUCGUGGUAUCACUAAUGAGAAAGACGUCUUUUUUUAUUUAAAAGAGGCAGAAAUAUAAAAGUGAAAAGUCGUGGUAUCACUAGUGAGAAAGACGUCUUUUUUUAUUUAAAAGAGGCAGAAAUAUAAAAGUGAAAAGUCGUGGUAUCGCUAGUGAGAAAGACGUCUUUUUUAGAGAGGAAGGAAUAUAAACGCUAUUGAAAUUUGUGAUAUCACUAGUGAGAAAGACGUCUUUUUUUAUUUAAAAGAGGCAGAAAUAUAAAAAUGAAAAGUCGUGGUAUCACUAGUGAGAAAGACGUCUUUUUUAGAGAGGAAGGAAUAUAAACGCUGUUGAAAUUCGUGAUCUCACUAAUGAGAAAGACGUAUUUUUUAUUUAAGAGAGGAAGGAAUAUAAACGCUAUUAAAAUUCGUGGCAUCACUAAUGAGAAAGAUUUCCUUUUUUUUAUUUAAGAGAGAAAGGAAUAUGUAAGAUAGAUUUUCAUAAUGUUUUCUUUUCUUCUUUUAAAUAACAAUUAGCAUACUUUUUUAACUUUAUAUUUGAUAAGGAUUCUAAAAAUUUAUAUUAAGAACUGUUAUUAUAAAAUUCCCUUCAUAUCUACGCAAGUAAGUUACCAAUAUCUGAACCAGCACUUUGGUUUCAAAACAAAUCCAAUCAUCAGGCCUUUUGUUUUAAAAAAAUGUAAUUUUGAGGAUUUUGAACCUGUCUAGUUUUUAUGAAAGCAUGCAUUUGCCUUUUUAAACGUUCUUUUGAGAGAAAAAGAAUUUUACUUCCUAAAUGUCCGAAGCUUUCUUUUUUUAUUAAGUAAAUAAUUAAUAUUUUUGAAGUAUUUCUUUCUCACUUUAUUUAUUUAUCUAUUGAACUUAGUUACUGCUUUUUAAAUUGUAAGAUUGUAUAUAUAUUUUUAAAACUUGGAUUUUAGGAAGCUUUAAGGUUUGAGGAAAUUUUAAAAAAUAUUUACAAUUUUUGAAUUUAAAAUUCGGUAACUAAGUUCAAUAGAACGCAAUUCAAUGAAUGAAAUGAAACAAAAAUUAUUCAAAAAUUUCGGACAUCAAAAUUCGGAUAUCAGAAUUCAUUUGUAGGUUAACAUGGAGGAAAUAGAAUCCUUUUUUUGUUUUGUUUGAAGGGCACCUUUAAGGUGUAAUUUUGUUUCAGGAGACCCAAAAGAGCCCAUAGAUUUGAAAUAAUAAAUAUCACAAAAUUUUAGACAUACAAUUUUUUAAAAUUUGUAUCAGAUUAAAACAUUUUAAAAGUAAAAAAAAAACUAGUUUUGUUUUUUAACAUAGAAGAGUCUAACUUAAGCAAUUUCAAAUUUCCUUAAAUUAAGCAAUAAAAACAAAUGUUAAAAUUUAACAUAAAUUUUUACAGUUGAAAAAUGAACUAGAAAUAUUUUUAAUUUUUGAAUAACAAGUCAGAGUAAUGAACAAAUAAAUGUAAGUUUUUUUCUACACUAUAAAAAUACAUUCAAAAGUAAUUAAGGUGCUUAAGAUAUUCUAAAGUGAAAGAAAACUAUUAUAUAAAAAUAUAGUUAGUUUAGAUUUCGCUAUGGUAAAACAUCAGUGUUAGGGUUUAAAAUUAUUGCAAUUUAUCACAAUUUCUUUUAAUAUCAAUCAUGUAUCAAAAUUAUAAACACUUAUUUGAUCAUAUUACAGUAAAAAAAAAUUAUGUUUUAUAUAUUGCUCUUGUAAAAUUUUUAUACAAUUGCCUUUAAUUUCUUAAUACAUGUGUCUUUUGUACUGUGUAAUGUUCUGAGUUCACAAAAACUGAAAAUUUUUACUUUCAACUAUUGAUCUCCACCAUGUGUUCAUUACGUUUGUUACAUUUUUGAUAUUAUAUGAAUUUUUAUAUUGUACGAAUGCAGAUGGAAAUUUAUUGAACAAAAAGUGAUAACAGUAGAACUUUUUAAAUGUUUAUUUAUUGUUCGUUUGUUUUUAUCUUUUUUUCUUAAUAAGUUGGUACAGUAACCAAUUUGUUUGUUUGAUCUCAAGCUUAUAUUUAAUAAUUUUAAAACAUUAUUUAUCACAGGUUUUAUGUAAUAAAAAUAAAUAGUUUUCGUUUU